UAUGGCGGUAAACUCGCUUAACGGCUAAGACUUGUUCGAUCCUUAAAAAUCUCUCCACUCUCCUCUAUUUCUCCCCCACAUACAAGAAUAUUUCUCUUUUUCUUUUUAUCACUUUCUUCCUUAAUUAUUUAUUCUUCUAUAUAUAAAAUGUUCAUCCCAGAUUAAUCCAACGACAACCAUCAAACACAAUAACCAAACCCUAAUCCUCUCUUCCCUCUCUUUCAGAUCCACAACUCUCCACCGAGAUCUCACCUCACGCGCCACCGAAACUGGACCACGCGCCUGUAACCUCUUCUAUCAUGGUCGUUAGCGGCGGCAAAUCCUUAAAACGUAUGAAAAGAAGAGUCACCGCCGAUUACCACGAUUUCUUUUCAUUUCCUUCACCAUCCCUCGCUGCAUCAGAGAGUUUCUCCGGCGGACCUUUUCGUUCUAAUGUUCACUCUUUUCUCACCAAGUACGCGCUUCUUCCACCGCCUUCGGCGUUGUUUCCGCACUUGCUGACGUGGCAGAUCCUCUUCCGUGUCGGUGAGAUCACCGAAGGGGGUGAAUCGGGUCCGGCGGUGAUUUGCCUUGACGUUGUGGAAGAGGAUGUUGCUAGAUCCAGAUCUGUGUAUUGUGAUCAGUGCCGAGUUUUCGGUUGCAGCGGAAAUCCUGUGUGCAGUAAGCGUUACCAUUUUAUAAUCAAAACUGAUGGGAGAUCCAUUGGUGGAUACCAUAAACCGUGUAUGUGCUGUGGAGAUAUUUUGCAUUUGUCAGAAUCCAAGUGCAAGUCAUGUAACCAUGUGACAACCAGUGAUGAUGUUGAAGACUGGGUGUACCACCAACUAGAGAACACAAGUCAUCUUUUACAUGGUGUAGUCCAUGCCAAUGGUUAUGGGCACCUUCUUCGGGUUAAUGGCAGAGAAGGGGGAUCUAGAUUUCUUUCUGGUUGCCAUAUUAUGGAUUUCUGGGAUCGCCUAUGCAAGACACUUGGAGCUAGAAAAGUUAGUGUGAUGGAUGUUUCGAAGAAAUAUGGGCUAGAGUAUCGCUUGCUCCAUGCCAUUAUGAAGGGAAAUCCGUGGUAUGGUGAGUGGGGAUAUAAUUUUGGCUCUGGUAGCUAUUGUCUCACACAGGAAGCAUACAAGUCUGCUGUUGAAAGCCUAUCCAAUCUACCCUUGUCCAUCUUCCUCUCCCAGGAACAGAAGCCGCAUUCACGUGUGCAGGAUAUGAUUUUGUAUUACCGGUCUUUGUCAGAGCAUGAGCUUGUAAAUAUGAGGGACCUAUUUUGUUUUUUGAUGGGUAUGUUACAUGAUGCUCGCAAGACAGCCUCUAAGUCUGAUGACAUAACCUGCAAGAAGCGGCGGAUCAAUGCUUCUGGAUUAUCAAGUUCUUGGGAAAAGAAUGACGUUGAACGUGUGGAGGAAGCCAUGCUCAGAGUGCUGCGGGCAGUGUCUGGGUCUAAUUGGGUGAGUGGCCGAGCUCUUAGGGGUGCUGUUUGCAAGUUGGCCUGUCCAGAGCUUCUUGAUUAUUGCCUUGCUGAACUGGGAGGAAAAGUGGUCUAUGGUGGGAUUGUUAAUAGCAGAUGCAAUCCUCAAACUGGAGUGAAUGAAUUCAGGAUUGAUGCUACAAAUGUUUUUAUGGCCAACCAUAAUUCUUCAGGCUCAAAGCGCCCUUCUGAAGAGAAUCUCCUGCAAUGCUUGAGAUAUUUAUACGACUCUCUGCUUCAUCCUCGGAUGAUGCUAAACUAUGUUGAUGAAGAGACAAGAACUCUUGCAAUGAGCUCGGCUCAGAAGCUUCUUGACUGCAAGCAAUUAGUAAAAGAUUAUUGCUCUGAGAUGCUGCCAGUGUCUGAUUUGUAUAAACUACGUAUCUCAUGUCAGGUUGAAUUAGUUGACCAAUCUGAAGAUACUGAAGCCAAAAUUCCACCAGAAAUAAUUGUGCUGCCCAUGAACGCCACGGUGUCUGACCUAAAGAUUGAAGCAGCAAAAGCUUUUCAAGAAGUAUAUCUAAUGUUUAGAAAAUUUCAAGUUGACGAACUAGUUGGCUACGGCGGUGUAGAAGAUUCCACCCAGGUCAAGCAAUUGUUGGGAUCAAAUGAAGUGGUUUGUGUCCGAGGAAAAUACUCCGGGAAGAAUGGGUUGAGCAAGUUUCGAAUGGAACGUGGACUUGAGAGGUGGACUGUCGAGUGCAGCUGUGGUGCUAAGGAUGAUGAUGGAGAGAGAAUGAUGGCUUGUGAUAUGUGUGGUGUGUGGCGGCACACUAGGUGUUUUGGCAUUCCUGAUACUGCUCCUGUUCCAGCCCGUUUUGUUUGUUCGAGAUGCCAAAACUGUGACUCAAAGCUUAAAUCCGGUGGGCACUGUAAAGAUGAGACUGUGGCUAGUGUUACUACAACUAGUGGUAGUUACAUGGGAAACAGCUUUUCAGUGCCUUCUAAUAUUCGUUAAGGUAUUUACUGAUUAGAUGUGUAUAUAAAGCUUUGAUUUUAUUUUGCCUGAAAUAGCCUGUAAAUAACAGAUAGGCAUUGGUGGGACAGGGCAUGUCUUGUUCAUAUUUCAGGUUCUACUUUUGUUCGUUUCUUCUGUACAUACAAACAAAUGGGGGAAAAAAAAUCUAACUUAAAUGGCCUAGUAACUUCUCUCUGCUGCUGUAUUUGAAAUAAUUAUAUAUCAACAAAACCUCAACAAGAUAUUUGUGAGACGAUGGAUUGGAUCUUUGUAAGAUAAGAAAUGUCCCUUUAGCAAAUAAUAUAUGUGGGGAAAAGUGCUACAAAA